CUUGAAGGGACAUGGCCGAGCCGUCGCCGCCCGAGAGCCUCGUGAGCUACGACACGCCCAUCUUUACGGGCGAGAGCAACGAAGGCGUCAAGAAGGCCAAGGCCGCGCCGGGCGCCAAGAUCGACCCUGUCGCGCGCAUUGAAGAUGUGCUCAACGCCAUGCUGCCGCCCCAGAUGUGGAAGGAAGAGACAGGGUACUGGAUGCGCUACACGUCGGCCGAGCCCUCGACGCGCUUUGAUGUCAUCAAGCUCCAGGAGCAAAUGGACGCCAAGCUCCUCAAGCGCCAAGCCCGCGAGAGUGGCAUCUGCCCCGUCCGCGAAGACAUUUACGCCCAGUGCUUUGACGAGCUCAUUCGUGAAGUCGCCAUCAACUCGCCGGAGCGCGGCCUGUUGCUCUUGCGCAUUCGCGAUGAGAUUCGCAUGACGACCGACGCGUACAAGACGCUCUACGAGAGCAGCAUUACGUUUGGUGUGCGCAAGCAGCUCCAAGCCGAGCAAGGCAUGGGGUCGCUCGAAGAUCGGAUCCACGUGCUCACGGAAGAGAAGCGCGAGUACGAAAACAAGGUGCUCGAACUCACCAACAAGCUUGAGGUGAUUGAGAAGCGAAGCAGCGAGCGACGCGCGCUCCAGGAGAAGCGCUACAAAGAGGAGAUCGAGUUCCUCAAGUACCAAGGCCAGCACCUCGACGCCUUCCUCAAGUCGGCCGGGGGUGGCGCCAGCAAAUAGCGAAAAAUGAUUACGCAUCAAAGUUGUCGAGCUGCACCUCGGCGUGCGCGUACGAGGAAGCGACGACCUUGCCGUUGAUCAAAAAGAGGUGUGGCUCAGCGACGUGGACGCAGUGGUAGCUAAUGGUCUAUCCGUGUACACAUACCAUUAUUGUCGUA